AUGGCCCUCCGCUGCCCCAUGGCCGUGGGCCUCAACAAAGGUCACCAAACGACAAAGACCAUGAGCAAGCCGAGGCACAGCCGUGGCCGCGGGCGCUCCACCAAGCGCACCACGUUCAGGCGGGACGUGAUCCAAGAGGUGUGUGGCUUUGCCCACUAUGAAUGGAGCACCAUGGAGCUGCUCAAAGUCUCUAAGGGCAAGAGUGCCCUGAAAUUCAUCAAGAAAAGGGUGGGGACACACCUCUGUGCCAAGAGGCAGAGAAAGGAGCUGAGCAAUGUCCUUGCAGCCAUGAGAAAGGCAGCAUCCAAGAAGGACUGA